UAAGGCGUAUUUUAAACAUUCAAAUUGAACAUUUCAAUCCAGCUUGAAUUCUUGCUCGACCAACGUUUUUGACAUUCACGCGAUUGCGUGUGUGUGUGUGUGACCGCUAGUUUCAUGUUUCGCUCCACUAGCUGUGCCGCUCACAAAUCGGUUCUGGAGCAAGUUUUUGUUCUGCACGCUUCAUCCAUUCACCGUACUAGUGGCAACAUUAUAUUAGAUUGCUUUUGUGGCAUUGCAUAGCUAUCCGUUAACGGGUUCGUUUUUAUUUCCAUCAAAUUCCUUCGCGAGGUGCUUCAUCGCUCGAAACGGACGGCAACACACGUAAACAAAACGCGCAGCUCACUUAUCUAAAAAGACGAUUGAACAGCGAUGAGUCGCGCUUAGAUAAGGGUAUCGUUGUUCGUCAUCUUUCCCUGCUAACAAAACAAAAGCGCACUUCGACCAUCACCGUCGUCAUCAUGUCCGAGGGGGAAUGCAUUCCAUCGAACCUGCCGGCCGGAGUGUUACAGCUAGAGAACCAGGUAGCCGGUCAUACCGCAGCCCAAGGUUGCCUCGGACUGCUGAAAACCACCAGCGAUGGGACGAUCCUCAAACCAACCGGCAAGGUACUGUGUGGCCUGCGCGAGAUAGCGUUCUACGAGCGUUUGCAGGAAGCACGGAACCGCAACACCGAUCAAGCAACCGGCGACGAGCCGACCGAUCUGUGGACGGUACUGUGUCAGGUGGUGCCUCGAUACUAUGGCCAUCCGAAGCUUACCAUCGACCGGAAGGAGGUCGAGUUUAUCCAGCUCGAAGAUCUAACCGAAGGUCUCAAGUGGCCGUGCAUUAUGGACGUGAAGAUUGGGCGCCGCACCUGGGAUCCACUGGCAACGCCGGAAAAGCGCAAGGCGGAGGAAAGCAAAUACAGAGCAUGCCGGCAGCGAUUCGGCCUGUGCAUUCCCGGCUUUCAGCUAUACUCGGUGCGGGACGGCGGACAGCUGAUCCGGCACGGAAAGGAUUACGGCAAACAGCUUACCGAGGACAACAUUCGUGAUGCAUUCCUGCUCUUUUUAAAUGCAACCGAGACGGGACGUGUUUCGCGGACGCUGCUGCAACAGUUUCUACACGAUCUGCACCUGAUACGCGACUGGGCCCGCAAGCAAACCACGUUCCGGCUGUACUCUAGCUCGGUACUGCUCGUGUACGAUGCGGCCCGGCUCGCCGCGGCUCGUUCGGAGCUACAGAGAGCAAGUCUGACCAACGCCAACGGAACGCUGCUGCUGACUGCAAAGGCACGAAUGAUCGACUUUGCGCACGCAUUCCCGACCGAAGCGGGCGAAGCAGACACCGUGGAUGAGAACUACCUACAGGGAGUAGACAGUCUGGUGGAGAUAUUCGAACAGUUUCUUGCCACCGCCAAGGACGACUAAAGACUGGAGGAGUAGAGCUGGGUUGUUUUGUAAGGUAGGACUUCGCUACUGUAAGUAGUGGUUUGUCCCUCCUGACAUUGGCUUCAUCCUUUAAUUUUUCCUAAAACACAAAAAAAACCAAAAGCGCUUUACUUCUAUUGGCCACGGCGCCGAAGUGCCAUGCUGGGUUCACCCUUCCAAGUGGUUUUAAGUAUUGUUUCCUUACUGUGAAUGAUUUAAAUACGUUAAGCAAUUCGAGUGAGAGGUCAUCGAUGAUACCAAACUAAUCCGACAAGAAUCUAAUGUCGCUUCUCAUCGGGCGCCAAUCAAUAAUGGGUAGGAUCUCGAUGUCUCCUGUGUCCUUCCAGUACUACUGCGCCAUACCAAAGCAGCAAAGCGGCAUAUACUUACAGGAUAGCACAAGGGAAACAGGAGUGCAAACGGGAGCACAUGGCAAGGUUUCCACGACACAAAAAAAAACUGGUACAUUAUGGAACUUUAGGUUAAGAUAUGCUAACCACAAAUGUAUUAUUUAAUCGUGAAUAAAUGGCACAUCAUUAAGGCUGA